UUAAAAUGUCAACAAGAGAAAAAAUCAAGUGCUAGAAAGAGGGAAGGUUUAUAUCUUUCAUAAAAUAUACAUAUUGCUACUGUUUUAUUAAAAAAAAUAGUGCAUUAGGCUAGAUUUGUGGAGUUUUUGUCAUAACUUAAGGAUAGAAACUAAUUAUUAGUUUAUUUUAUUGUUGUUAAGCUGGGAACUACAAUCUUGUCGACGAAAAUCAAAUCAGCAAAUUGGUCAUCUUGGGGAUAAUGGCUGGUAAUGUAGUGAGAAUGUCUCAACCAGGAACGCCAGCCACAACUCAACCAAGUUAUAUGAAAGUAUUUAUUCAGCGAGAUUACAGCGAGGGGACUUCCGUCAAAUUCCAGACAAGAUAUCCUCCUGAACUCGAGAGUCGGAUUGACCGACACACAUUCGAGAGCACGAUGAACAAGCUAAACGAAUAUUUCGCGGAGGCCGAAAAAGGCUCCUGUAGCACGUAUUGCGAAGGCUGUUUGGCAUGUAUCACAGCCUAUCUUAUUUAUAUUUGCACCGAGACACACUACGAGAAGUGCUUACGUAAAGUUUCCAAAUAUAUCGCAAUGCAGAACGAACGCGUCUACAAUCCAAAAGGACUGCAAAUCACCGAUCCGGUGUGUCGGGGCUUACGAGUUAUAGAGAUCUCAAUACUGGAUCGUCCUGGACGUACGUGACUGCCGUUGUCACAUUCCACGGAGGAAUUUUUUAUGUAAAAUCAACUGCAGUUAUACAAAAAAAAGCGAAAACUGACAUAACACAACCAGCAUUAUUACGAUACUGGACAUGAAAAAUAAGAAUAAAAAGUUCGUGAUGAUAUGCAUUAUGAGCCAUGCCAAUAGGAUUCGUAGUAUAUUACCAGAUCGUUGAUAAUUGUAAGCGAGUCAUUUAAAUUUAGACCUAUUUGUGUGAAUCCAUUGAGAUAACAGUGAUAACAAAUAUUGUAGCUAAUGUCACAUUGGCAAACUUGAAGCUAGCGGUACAUAGCAAAUGUAGAUGACAAUUAUGGAUAAACUGAAUGACUGUCGGCUGCACGUAAUGGCCAUUAGAGUUUGUUAUUUUGUAAUCUUUUUUCUAUUCAGCUCUGUUUAUGGUAUUGCCAUAUUUUCUUCAAAUAAAAUUUGUUUUGUUCUUCAAGUGGAAAUCAAUACAACAUUUGAAAAUGGAUUUUCUAGCUCUGUUCUUAUUAUUCAGUCUAAUGCAAAAAAAAAGAUUAUUUGACUCGAUGGUUAUUGGAAUUCAAGGGCAUCAUAAAACCUUAGAAUCAAAACAGCGCUGAUUCGUAUGAAACGUAUAAACGUUUGAACCUAAUAAAGUAUAUUUAUUAUGAAAUUAA